AUGCUCCUUAAACACAUCCCGAUCACUGAUGAUGAAUCGACAGCCGGCACGGUCGUCGAUGCCGUCGCCACGGUCCUAGUUCUUGGAGCGUUCGUCGCAGUGGAGGCAUGGCAGACGGUGAUGUACCUGGGAUCAGACUGGGCCAUGGUGUCGCUAGCUUGCUGCCGGCUCACCGCAGGGGCAAACAGGUUCCUCCCAUUCGCUCUCCGGAAGCCAUUGGGGUUUCUUUCUUGCAGGCGCCCAAUGUUCAGCUACUGGCACAACAGCAUAGGCCAGCACUCGGUCAUCGAGGGUUCUCAGUUCUUGAAGUGCAGCAAGGCUUCUUUCUUCUCCUCUGAAACAACUGAAUUCGACCCCAUGCUGGUGUUCUCGGCUACCGCCGAGUACCUCCGUCGAGCUUGGGGGAAUACUCUGACUCUGACAGCAACAAGCAGAGGUCUGCCCUUCGUCAAGCUACCUGACACGCUGAAGCCUCUGAUCGUCGCCCUGCUGAAACUGAAAUCCAGCAGCGAUGGGCAUACUCUAAUAAGCAACGGGGAGGCAUCGUUGGUGAGGAACGGCGUCUCCCGGCAGCUGUCGUGGACGCUGCAGAACGAGACGCAAGCGGAGACUAUGCUCAUCUGGCACAUCGCCACCGAGUACCUCGUGAUCGCGCUGCCUGACGAGGCAGCUGCAGGAAGCUGCAGGCACUGUGAGGUGGCGACCAAACUGUCACGCUACUGCGCGUACCUGAUGUCCGAGGCGUCGGAGCUGCUUCCGGGGAAUUCGAUGGACACGAAGUUCAUCUUCGACCACGCCAUGAUUGAAGCUCGAGAAGCUUUGGGAUCGAAAUCCAAAUCCAAGCUGCGACUGCGAGAAAGGGAUCGGCUGCGGAAAGUCCUCGCCGCCGGCUCCACCGGAGACGAUGCAGAUGCGGGCACCAUCUUCAGCAGAGGGAUCAAGCUCGGGGCGAAGCUGGAGAGCAUACGGGAGGGCUCCCUGCGCUGGAAGCUGAUGGCCGAGUUCUGGGUGGAGACCGUGCUCUACGUCGCGCCGUCGGACAAGGCCAUGGCGCACAUGGAGCGCCUCGCGCGCGGUGGGGAGUUCCUGACGCACGUCUGGCCGCGACGAACAGACCUGGACGAGCCGAGCUCCACGUGGAUUGGGAGCCUCCGAAUCCUUGUCGAGAAGAGGGAUCGCAGCUAGCUAUGCGAGGGACGACGGUCUGCGGCUAGAGUGAGACGAACGAGGUGAGGUGAGGUGUCGAGCGAGGGCGAAACUUGGAUGGGCCGGAUCUACAUUGGAAAAGAAUAUUCUAUGAUAUCCUAAACAUUAUUAAUUAUUCUUUGAGAUUUGCUCCUCAUCAAUUGAUUGAAAUCCCGCUUAUCCCUCAGUCGACGCGCUUCUUCGUCCGAUGAGAAACAGAUGGACGAGAUUGUUUUGUGCCUUUCAACCCGUCGGGCCCGCUGUUGUGUGUUGUUUCUACCCGGGUUCACCCUAUCGGGUCCGCAAAAACGUUAACGGGUCUGAUGUGUGUGUUCCUGUGUCCUUAACCAUCCAUCAUUUCUCUUUUCACCCACCAUUUUUGACUCCUCGUUUCCAUCUCGAGCUGGGGAGGGGGGAGGGGGCUCAGAGAGGCGGCGGCUGCUGUUCAGGUCCUUUCCCCGCUGGAUCGGGAGGAGGGGUUCGAGGGAGCAGGGACGGGCGAGCCGGCGACCAUAUCCCCGCCGUGCCUGCGCACCUCACUGAGGCACGGUACCAGGGGAAGGGGGCCCGGCUUCUCCUUGUUCUCAAGGGGCUUAGAGGAUCGGUUGCGGGCAGAAGUCCUCUUGCUUGUGGGCACGACCGCACGAAUUCCUCCAUCCUCUAGAGUACAUCUGUUUCUCUUCUUGUGUUUAUGUUGGAGUCAGAUAUACCAUGUGUUUUAUAGAUGUCAUAUUUUUCUUGUUAGGCAUCACCGUGGCUAUCCAUUCUACUUGAAAUGCUACUCCAUACAAUUUUUCUAAUAAAUGAUUAGUCAUCGUCUAGUUUAUUUUGAGAAAUUGUUUUUGUAGAAAAUCAUACCAUCCUUAGUUUUUACAUGCAGUUCACAAAGUUGUGCCUACUUAGCAUUGUAUUCUUCAAAGGCAGCCCCUUGAGAGAUGUAUUUAGCAGGUGCAUCAUGAGUGCUAUGGGAAACAUGCAUGAUCAUAUACUAAAUUUGCAGCUAGAGAAGUUUGUGUGUUCAUAAUACUCAUAUGUAAUUUUUCUACACAUAGUAGAUUAUAUGUAUGAUUUAUUUGGUCCAGUGAAAUUACAGAGUAGUAUUAUGGGCUUGCUUGUUAAUGAUGACCAAGUAGUUAAAUAUAGCCUUUAUGAUGUUUCUUUUUAACCAACUAAACUGAUCUUUCCCAAUUUCUUUUUGGCUGAUCAAAUUGUUCCUGUGUGCAUGUUAAUAUGUUCUUUUCUUAUUGGUAUAUUCCACCCAUUUUUAAAUGUAUGAUAUUUAGGGCUAGCUAAUUUGUUCAUCGAGCAACUUGUUCUUAACGUCACAUACUUUUAAUUGGAGAGAGUAUUUGUUAACUAUGUAUGAGUUUAGUGCUUUUUUUUUGCUCAACAAUUAUUUGAAGAGAUGUGUCAUGUAUAUCUUAGGAUAAUCUUCAACGUAUUUUUCCUCAAAUUCACUCUUUAGUGUUCAUAUCUUAAGGCAUCUAUAUGUUGAAAGCAAGUUAACAGUUGAACUCUUACAGGUAUUAUAUGAAAUUUUACAAUGAACUAACUUAUAUAAUUUUGGUACAUGUAGGCUGCGACUUUUGCAACUAAGUUUGAGAUAUUAAGGUGUUUUGUCUUUCUACGAGUGUCUAAUUUUGGUUUUGUCUGUCUAUAAUUGUUUGAUUGAGUUAUAUUGUGGCUUGAUUUUUGAUUUUCCUAUAGGGUUCUAUCUGAUUUGUGUUUUGUAGUAGCUUGAUUGAGGAAUACUGGGGCUCGAUUUGUUGAUUCCUAGUAGGUUUGUUUUGUCUGAAUUUUCCUUCUCUUGUCACAAAUGGCACAGGAGGAUCACUUUGUGUCGAUUCUCAAUUCUUGAUGGCUUAUGUUACUUAUCUGACACGUUGCCCCAUCAGAGGUAGCAAGGUGAUCUUGCGCUUUUCACAGUAAGUGUAAACAGGUAAGUCAGAGGAGAGCAGAGGUCUUAUUUUAAUUUAGCUUGCCAUGCCUUUGAUCAGUAUAUUUGUUAGUCAUUGAAAUUGUUCUUUAGUUUGUGUUUUGCAAUACUGAUAUUAUGAUCAAUACACACCGGUGGUGUUACUCAUUUCAAAUCUUCAUCUGUGUUUUCAUGUUCCUGAAUCUCACCAUAACAAACUUUUUUGUUCUUUCUCGCUGCUAGUAUGUAUUCCUAAUGUGGAUCUCAUUCUAAUUUGGUUUUGAUAGAAAAAAUUGAAAGAUUUUCCUUUUUUCCCAGCUGAUAUAUGAAACACUAAUUUACAGUAUAUAUCUAUGUGUACUGUGUUUGUAUGUUUAAUAUGAAUUUAAAAAUAUUUAUAGUUACUUAUAUUAUUUGUAGGAUACAAAAUAAUGAAUUGUCAUAAAUCUUCAAGUUGCUCAAUUAUCAGUGCUUUGCUCUUCUGCAAAUUUUAGCGAUCACAUUUUAAGUGGCAUUUUUUUUUUGCUGUUAUAAGGCUUCUAAAGUGUAAGAUCAUUAAUCAAAUUUGUAUUACUAUGAUGUUUACAUGUUUUUGUUACACUGUCUUCCACCUGCAUGUGGUAUUCAACUUGAUAUAGAUUUCAAUGCUAAAAAAAAGGCUGAGCCACUGAAGAAUUGAUACAUGUAUAUAUAAGAUGAUGACCACCUAUUUUCCAGCAGUUUUUGUAACCAUUACCUGCUUUUUUGUGUCAAUUGCAUGCAAAAGAAGUAUACCCAGGCAUGUGUAGAACUCAGCAACCUGUUCCUUUCAAUGGCUUAGGAGGUUUUCUGAUUCCUUAGCAUUAUGUGUGGACAUUACAGUGUAAGCUGCUUCAUUAAGAACAUACAGGGGACACACAUACAAAUGUAAUGAUUCUUUUUAGAUAAGUCGUGUACUUAUCAGAUAGAGUUCAUCCAAUUUACUUAUUAUCUUGUUAUAUAUGUUCUAAAGAUAAUGUAUGCUUAGUUAAGUUAACAACUUUAUUUUCUUAUGAACUUGCUUCCUUAGGAUGUUAGCUUGAAUCAGAGUAAUAGCCUAGGAGGUUUGUGGUAGUGGCUUCUACUUGUUUUUUUUUCUUGAAGACAUCUGUAUUUCCAUUUUAUGUAAUGGAAAUGGGGAAUGACCUCAAGUGGAGAGAUAAAUAUACGAUUUGGAGACAAUCAUAAGCAAUUUGUAUUAGAGUUACUCCUAGCACGACCUCGCAAUUUUUUUGCUGUUAUUGUGCUUUUUUUUGGUGAAUGCAUGGCUUGACCAAAUUGAUUUUUUUUUGUUAUUUGCUAUAAUUCCCUUGUUAUUGACAUCAUUUUAUUUGUUGGUUUCAUGCAUUCACAGGUUCAUCAAUUAUGCUCAAAACCUUUGCGGACAUGCUAUUACAGUUGCUCUACAUAUAGUCAUGUUUGAACAUCGUCAACAUUGAGCUCCUUCGGUAUUGUUGCUGUCUAUUGUAGGUAGCUUUCUUAUAUUUAGUGAAAAGAUUGAUCUAGUAGUCUGAUUCAGCUACUUAUAUAUGUGGUUAAUAUGUUAAUUAUCUUUCAAGAAAGCGGAGCUUUUUUCCUGCAUUUGUCUUUUGUGAUUUAACAUGACACAAACUCAGGGAAAUUACCUUUUAACUUUUGUUGAAAUUUUCUUGAAAUAAA